UCGAUUAUAUCAAUCAACUUUUUUGUUUGCUUCUCUCACUCAUCAAAACCUUCUAUAACCGGAAUAAUGGCUUCUGCGGAAACGAAGGAAGUGAUGUCAGGGAAAAAUGCACUCGUCCGUGCAGUUCAAAAUUGUAUAAUAAUGGAAAUGUACCAGACGCAAAGGGAUGCUGCACAAUAUUUGGAAUUAGGAAUGUUAAAGCUGUGGAAUCAUCCAAGGAUUGCCGGAGACGUACGGCAGGCUGCUGCAAAAGCUCAGAUAUUGCAUCGAAUGACGGCUGGACUUAUGACGAAUUUUACAUCAACAAGUCAGCUGGUUGUGAAGAAAAUAAUUCCCAUCAUUUUAAUGGGAGUUGAAAAUAAGGAUUCAGAGCUAUUUAAGGCCGCAUUGAAAAAGAUAAUUGAUUUUGCAAGUGACAUGCAGAAAGAAACAACAGAGGCAAUAAUCGGAUACAACAAAGUUGUUCUUACAGUGAAUGGAAGUAUAGGUGAAAUAGAGGAAGAAAACAAGAGUAUAAAAACAACUACGAAAGAAAAUCAGCUUGCAAUUGAACUGGAGAAGGGAAGAAGGAAAGAAACCGUAUUUAGUGAAAUGGAAUUGGAAAAAGAAAUGAGCGAAAAGAGAAAAGAAUUAAAGGAGGUGGAAAAUGAACGAAAAGAAGCCAGGACGCAGAUGGUGAGAGCUGCAAUGUCAAUAGGAGAAACAGAUGGAAAGAAAUUUCUUUCAGAGACAAUGCGUCCAACUGCAUUGACCGGAAACGUCGGAGCCGUUGUUGGCGUCAUUGAAAGUGGAUUGAAUCUGGCAAAUGACAUAUUUCAAUUUGUGAAGAAGGGAAGUCAGUUUGCAGCAAUGGAUAAAGCACAAGCAAAGAUAGAAAAGGACAACGAACAGCAAUUUAAGCAAUUGCAAGAGAUGAAACGCGAGAUGCAGGAAAAAAGGGAGCAGAAACUGCAGCAGAUCCAUAAAAUCAAAACACUGACUUUGCAAAUUGAGGCUGGUGUGGGAGAUAUGGAAAAUUUGAGAGAGGCAGUUCUUCACUUAGGAAAGGUCCAACGACUUCUGGGUGAAAUCAGUGCCUUUUGGGAAACAAUGUUGGGUGUAGUAAAAUUUCUACAGAAAAACGAUGAAGGGAACGAUUUACAUAUUCUGACAAUGAAGUACAAACCUACUGAUGCUACAAAGGACAUUGAGGAGUCAAAACAGUAUUGGACGAUGUUCGGGUCUAUCUGUCAUGGAUAUGCGCGAGAGUCGACGAAGGAAAUCGGACCACUAUAUUCCUUUCUUGAAAGGCCUCUUGACGAACUGUCACCAGGGGAAAGAAUGGAGAAGACAAAACAACUGAUUCAAUCCAUUGAAGAAGACAUCGAUAAAACAUAUCCAGCCAAUGACAGUUCUCAGUAAAGUUACUGUGAAAACAAAUUGACUCUUCGUAAAAAACGUAUUACUUAGAGAUUGUAAAACAAGUUAAAUGUUGAUGGGAUUAAAAAGAUUUGCGCUAUUCUAACGCUACAUUCAAUCGAUUAGAAUCAUAGUUUUAAGUGUUAUAAGAGUUAAGAACCAUUAUAUUAUGAGUUUAUUUUGUAUGUUUCAAUUUGUAGGUUUUGUUGUCAACUUGUAGACUUUGUCAUCAUAUAACAUUGUCUUAGAAGCAUGUAAUUAACUACAAAGAUAUGCUACUCGGCUUCUCCCUGUAGUUUAAGUUGAAUUCGAAUUAUGUUUUUCAUUGGGCAAGGUCGCCAAUUGGUAUGAUAGUAGUAACUUAAAAUGUUUUGUUUUUUUGCAACAAAUUGGUUAAGGCUUUACUCAUUAAUUAAUAAAUGUAGUAAACGAAAAUGUAAUUCUGGGACUGGGACAAACUUUGUCAGCUGUGUUUACUUUAUCAAGUUCUAAAUGAAUGUGUUUAUUAAAGAAUAAAAAGAAACAAAUAUAAAACUAGUUUCAUUAAAGUGCAUUUCAUUGUGUCCAUGAGAGUACAAUAUGAUAAGAAGGCAGGAAGACAAUGAUAUAAUCAUCUAUAUAAAAAUGUGCUUUUUAACAUAACAAGCUUAAGAAGCCUAUUUUUUAUAACGCCAAAUUUGGCAAACAGGUAAUUUUAGUCCAAAAACUUUUAAAAAUGAAAAUAUUAUAUUAACUUACCAAUCCAAAAAAGUGACCUUGGCCUAAAAUGUUUCGAGAUAUUGGACCAUUUCAUUGUGUAACAUUCCAAUCAAGACAGCGUUUAUAACGAUUGACUUACAUGUAUAAUUCCAUACAAUUUUCCUUAUGGAAUAUUCGGGAAAUGUACAAGUAUGUAGUUGGGAUUUAAUUGUAUUUCUUUUAUUCUGUGUGUUGAGAGUUGAGCUGUAGUUGUUUAGAGUUAAAAUGAUUUUUCUAUGGUUGAUCUGUAGUUGAUUUUGAGAGUUAAGCUGUAUUUUUAUGUUAAGACAUAAAUCAGAAAUGUUUAUCUUUAUAUCGGGUUCGUACUUGUCACAAGAGGUGAAAUAUUAAUUACAACUAACUUUUUCUUUGAAUGUGUAACUCAUACAGUCAUGUAUUAACUAAUUGUCAAUGUACAUUAUUGUAUAUAUUUUCAUUUAGUGUUGGCAAUACCUUUUCUGCUAAAUGUCAUAUAUAUUUUUCACAAAUUCAAAAUUCUUACUUAAUGGUAUAGUAUUUGGUAAUUCCACACGUGUAAACACAAUCGUUUUAUGUUUAGUAAGACAUUUAAAACAAAUCUGUUACAAUAUUCUCAUUUUAUUUGACAAAAAUAAGUAUUAUGCAUGAAAACAUGAAUACACCAUGUUAAUACUUUGUGACAAAAAGUAUUUGUUUGUUAAAAAAAUCAUAUAUAUACCGGUUGUGCUUUAAAGUAAUGUCAUGUCCCUAUUUUUAUUCUGUUGUUUUGAUUAUCACAAUGCUCAUUAUGAAAACAAUACUAUAUGGAGAUUUUAUAGUUUGUAGAAAAUAUGCACGUAUUCCCGUUUUCUUAAUAACCUCUUGAUAAUGUCAUGUCUUAUACACCUAGUUUUGAACAAGUAUAAUACAUAGUUUUUAUAAUAUAUACUAUGUGUCACGUGGUACAAUCAUCUUUACAUAGCAUGACGAAAAUUUAUCCUGGCACCGCGUGCAAGUCUAUAGAGCACAAACUUGGAGUGGAUUCCUGACUAUAAAGAAUGACACUAUCUUUUUUCAAAAAGGAAGCAAACGACACAGAGCAUAAAACAUAGUCAUUGUUGUUUGGAUAAAGUGGAGAGUUCUGCUUUCUUUAAAAUCAUAACUCAAAUAAGUAAUGUAUCAUGCAUCGAUAUUAUUGAAUCUUGAAAAUGAUUAAACUUGUCUCUUUUAAGAAUUUGUGUUUUAGUUCUUCAAACUAUUUUUGCAUUUUGGCAAUAACUUAAACAAUAUGUUGCCAACUCAAGUUAAACAAAAACAACAACAUUCACUUCAUCCCAUUAUUUUUAACAUUUGGCACUAUGAUAAUAAUGAUUUGACCUUGAUUUUUGUCCAAUAAAAGAGGGGUUACUAGGUCACGGAUGUAUAUUGUACAAUAACCUUUAAUAAGUGCUCUUGACGAACGAUUGAGUCACAUGCCAUCCGUGAUAUAACCAUUAGGUAUAUAUUGUAAAAAAGAGUUGUUAACCAUUCGUCCUUUUGUUUACAUUUGCUUAGUUAUUGGUUUGCUUUUUUUUGAAAAUUUAUGUCAUGUGUGCAUUUAAUCCAAAUUUUCAGUGCUCGUAGAUCUAAUAAAAGUUUGCGAUA